AUUAGGGAGCAUGUUUCCUUGGAGGGCGUUUUUAUCACAAGUCCAGCCGUGAUUAUUGAUGUUCCUAAUUUAUCAUAGCUUUUAUCUUUACCAUCCUAGUGAAGUGCUGUGAAAGGUUUUAUGUUGUGAUAAUUUACAUCACUAAUUAUUAUUAGAGACCUAACAAAUAAUGUUAUGGAAUUAUACUCUGAAGAUGCAAUCUGAUGAUGAUGAACUUUUAAUUUUAUACCAUGUAAUGCCAUUCUUUGUUUAAUAUAUUCACUAUGAUUAUUUUCCCUUCGAAAACACUGAAAUAACGUGUUCCCUUCACAGUGCACGCUCCCGCGAGUGGCAAGCACGUUCUCGCUCAGAUUGACCACAUGGUUCACAUGUUAGCCUAUAGGAACGCUUCCUUCGUGCGCGCGGAACUUGAUUCAGGAAGUACGCAUUUCAUUUCUUGUUCCUAACAAAUGAGCGAAAACAAGUCUUUAGAAACACAAAACUUCAUGAAUUACUUGUUUAAAAAGGAAAAUAAUCCAGACGAAAAUGUCGGCUGCAGAGUCUACAUAUGUAUCAACGCUUGGAAAAGGCGACAGUUUGCACCAACAGGUUCUCGCCUCCUUCCCUCUGUGUGACAUAACAGAAGAGGAUCUGACCCAGAACCCUCAGUUCUGUAAACUCCUUGCCACCCUGGCACAACAUGUGGACCAAAGUGGACUCACUGUCCCACUGAAGACAGAGCUGGAAAAGGCUGAGCAAAAGCUGCAGAGCCAGAGGCGUUACUGGCUGCGCUCCGAGGGCAUCCAUAAAGCACUGCAAGAGAUGAUCCAGGACAACUGUAUCAGGAAGCACCACGCCACUGUACCACCGGACCAGAACAUGUUCCAUGAGACAAUGGAGAAGUGUCUGCUGGUGGUUCAGUGUAUCAGACAGCUGGAUCCCAGUAGCACAACCAACCAGGACCAGCCUUCUGUUCUGGGUCUGACCCCCCAACAGAUGAUGGAGCUCAUGCCAUCGGAGAAGAAUGUUCAAAGAAUGAAACAGAGUCUUCCCAAAGAGCUGGAGAAACAUCUGAAGAAAAAGUGUUUGAGCCUCCUCUCUUACUAUCAACCUGAAUGGGAGAACGAGAGUGAGGGUCUGAAGAACAGCAAGUUGUCUCAUCUAUCAGCCCAGCUGGACAAUGAGAAGAAAAGAGCAGAGAGUCUGAAGGAGACCAGCUGGGAAAACAGUGUCCUCCUGCAGAGACAGACUCAGCUCUACCUCUCUGAACAGAUCAAGUGUAUUCAGCUUCUCCAGUCUCUCAUCUUGGACCACAGGCUGAGGAUCCAGACGGAUCUGGAUCGGAAGAAGUUGGACUACUUUGAGGGAAAAUUGGAGUUAGUCUUGCAGAAGAUCAAGGCAGAGAUGGUGGAAAUUCAGCUGGACACGUACCCAGUGGACAAAAUAUCUGCUCAUAGAAAAAUAAGAGAGAAGCUGGUGUCUGAUCUGAAGGCCAGUCAGGUGGAGAAGCACUCCAUUGAGUUGAAACUGGCCUCCUUUGAGAUCUUGGGGAAAGACUUUGAGGCCUUGGCCGAGGAGUACUGCAGAUUACGGCAGGAGAUAGAAAUGAAUAACUGGGCUCUGAAGGAGUUCACCCAGUGAAAGGACAAGUGAAGAUCAUACCUGACACCGGGACAACAGCCAGCCAUUCCCUGCUCAGACAGUGUGUGGACUUUUUGGCUCCCAUAUUACUCCUAACCAAGAAUGCUGUUUAAUAACCACCCUACACUCUUAAAAUAGUCAACCAUAUUCAGUACAUCACCAUGGUAAUCAACAUGUAUGCAUUUCUCUUUGUAAUUAAAUGCAGUGUUACAUUAAGCUUCACUUUCCUUCUCUGAAUGAUAACUUAUAUACAUAAACAUACUUAUGAAGAAAGUGAGAGUAUAUUAAUAUUGACAAUGCUUAAAUCCUUUGUCUUCAUACUUGGAAGAUGCAGCAGUCAAACAUCUAUCCACUUGAUCUUACUUCACCUGAAAUAAAAAUCACGAGGUGGAAUUUUCAUGUAACAGUUUAUCUAGAGUAUCAACACAGUAAAAUGUGCCAAAGCUGGGAAAAUGAUUGUUGUGUAUUUUUAUAAACCUGUAAGAAAAUAAACUAAAUUGAACAAGUGAAAA